GUUAGAAAUAACGGUGAAAUGUUGAAGUCGUUUGCUUAUACGACAAUAUCUAUUUGUGUAGUGAAACUCGUUUUCGCCUCAGGUUCAGAGCAAUGCGGGAAAAAUGAAAUACCAACGUCAUGUUUUGAAGCGGUUUGUGAACUUAGAAACUGUUGUGACAUUGGAAAGCCAUACUCAUGUGUAAGACCGGAUACAAGUUUUUGUACCAGCGGAUGUCUUUGUAAAGAAGGGUACUUGCGAGAUGAAAACGGAAUUUGUAUACCAGCUGCUCAGUGUCCAAAGUUAUGUGGGAAAAAUGAAAUUCCAACGUCAUGUUUGGAAUCGGUUUGUGAGCGUAGAAACUGUUCCGAAAUUGGAAAGCCAUACUCAUGUGUGAGAAUGGAUACAAGCUUUUGCACCAGUGGAUGUCUUUGUAAAGAGGGGUAUUUGCGAGAUGACAACGGAGUUUGUGUACGAAUUUCUCAAUGUCCAAGGGUAUGUGGGAAAAAUGAAAUACCAACAUCAUGUUUUGAAGGGAUUUGUGAACGUAGAAACUGUUCAGACAUUGGGAAGCCAGUUAUAUGCGUGAGACCACGUUUUUGCACCGAUGGAUGUCUUUGUAAAGAAGGGUACUUGCGAGAUGAAUACGGAAAAUGUAUACCAAUCGCUCAAUGUCCAAAUGCUCAAUGCGGUACUAAUGAGAUCUUCGAUGAAUGCCCUCCACCAUGCCCGGGAGAAGGUUGUAGAGUAGAUCCUAGUGUAACUCUCUGCUUAACUAAUCCGCAACCUGGUGACCCUACGUGUAAUCCUGGCUGCCGGUGUCAAGAUAACUAUUUUAGAAAUGAUGAUGGCUGCUGUGUAACAAGGGACCAAUGUCCCGUCUGUGGAGUCAAUGAAGUAUAUGACACUUGUAUAGCGCCGUGCCCACCUCGUAGAUGUGAUGUUGACGAGACUCUUCUCGACUGUGUGAGUCCACCACAACCUGGAGACCCAAGUUGCAACGCUGGCUGUAGAUGCGCUGACAAUUUCUAUAGAAAUGAUAGAAAUAUUUGUGUCCCUAGAAAUGAAUGCCCAGGGCAAUGUGGGGAAAAUGAAAUACCAACAUCAUGUUUUGAAGGAAUUUGUGAACGUAGAAGCUGUUCAGACCUUGGGAAGCCAGUUAUAUGCGUGAGACCAAGUGUUUGCACCAAUGGAUGUCUUUGUAAAGAAGGGUACUUACGAGAUGAAUACGGAAAAUGUAUACCAAUCGCUCAGUGUCCAAAUGCUCAAUGCGGUACUAAUGAGAUCUUUGAUGAAUGCCCUCCACCAUGCCCGGGAGAAGGCUGUAGAGUAGAUCCUAGUGUAACUCUCUGCUUAACUAAUCCGCUACCCGGUGACCCUAGCUGUAAUCCUGGCUGCCGGUGUCAAGAUAACUAUUUUAGAAAUGAUGAUGGCUGCUGUGUAACAAGGGACCAAUGUCCUGUCUGUGGGGUCAAUGAAGUAUAUGACACUUGUAUAGCGCCAUGCCCACCUCGUACAUGUGGUGUUAAUGAAAGUCUUAUCAGAUGUGAGAGCCCACCACAGCCUGGAGACCCAAAUUGCAACGCUGGCUGCAGAUGCGCUGAUAAUUUCUAUAGAAAUGAUAGAAAUGUUUGUGUCCCUAGAAAUGAAUGCCCAGGGCAAUGUGGAGAAAAUGAAAUACCAACAUCAUGUUUUGAAGGAAUUUGUGAACGUAGAAGCUGUUCAGACCUUGGAAAGCCAGUUAUAUGCGUGAGACCAAGUGUUUGCACCAAUGGAUGUCUUUGUAAAGAAGGGUACUUGCGAGAUGAAAACGGAAUAUGUAUACCCAUCGCUCAGUGUCCAAAUAUUCAAUGCGGUACUAACGAAAUCUUCGAUGUUUGUCCUCCACAAUGCCCGGGAGAAGACUGUAGAGUAGAUCCUAGUCUAAUUCUCUGCGUACCUAAUCCGCUACCUGGUGACCCUAGAUGUAAUCCUGGCUGCCGUUGUCAAGAUAACUAUUUUAGAAAUGAUGAUGGCUGUUGUGUAACAAGGGACCAAUGUCCAAAAUGUAAUGGUAAAAAUGAAUACUUCUCCUGCGGUAGUGCUUGUGACAACGUCUGUGCGACAUUGAGCACACAGAAUCAAACAAACUGUCCCAUAAUUAACAAAAAAUGCAACCCAAAGUGCUAUUGCCAGGAAGCUUACGCGCGUGAUAAUAACAAUAUUUGCAUACCGAUAGAGGAUUGUCCUCCACCUGUCUGUGGAUUCAAUGAAGUAUAUGACACUUGUAUAGCGCCGUGCCCACCUCGUAGAUGUGAUGUUAAUGAAACUCUUAUCAGAUGUGAGAGCCCACCACAGCCUGGAGACCCAAGCUGCAACGCUGGCUGCAGAUGCGCUGAUAAUUUCUAUAGAAAUGAUAUAAAUGUUUGUGUCCCUAGAAAUGAGUGCCCUGGAGAACAACCUAUUAUUUGUGGCCCAGAUGAAAUAUACAAUAGUUGUAUAAAUGGUGGAUGCGACAGGCGAAAUUGCUCGCAACCAGAGUAUACUUGUGUCUUAGUGGGUGAGGAAGGCUGCAGAGCUGGGUGUCAGUGUAGAGACGGAUACCUGAGAGCAGACGACGGCUCUUGCAUUCCUGCUGAUCAGUGCCCACCUCUCUGUGGAAUAAAUGAAAUCUAUGAUACUUGCCCUGCCUCAUGUCCACCUCGAACGUGUGCUACUCUGGGGAUAGCUUUUAAUUGUAUAACUCCUCUACAACCUGGCGACGUAGGAUGUAAGCCUGGUUGCCGUUGUAUUGAUGGUUACUACAGGAACAGGGAAGGUGUCUGCAUUCCCAAAAACCAAUGCCCAAAACCUGUUAUUUGUGGAGCUGAUGAAGUAUACGACAGCUGUGUGAACGGUGGUUGUGGCAGAUGGAAUUGUUCUCAGCCGGGAGAAAUUUGUAUAAACUUGAUUAAGGGAGGUUGUAGAGAAGGAUGUCGUUGCAAAGAGGGACUACUUCGAGCGGAUGACGGCACUUGCAUUCCUGCUGAUCAGUGCCCCAUAAAUUGCUUUGGUCAAAAUGAGAUUAGGGGCUGUCGUCUUAAUUGCCCUCCUCAGACAUGUGAGAGUAUCGGUAAAAAGUAUUGUUGUCCUCCACAAACUAAAGAGUGCAGGGAAGAAUGUCGUUGCAAAAAAGGUUUUUUCAGAAACAAAAUUGGCGAGUGCAUAUCAAAAGAAGACUGCUUAAAAUGUACUGGCCCCAAUGAAUAUUUUUCUUGUGGCGGAGCUUGUGACAAUGUUUGUGCUACCUUGGCGACCCAAAGCCAAACUAACUGCUCCAUUGUCAACGUUGUAUGCAAUCCAAUGUGCUACUGUGAACAAGGAUACGCUCGUGAUAGUAACAACACUUGCGUACCUAUAUCGGAAUGUCCACAAUCGGUGUGUGGAAAAAAUGAAGUAUUCGAUAUUUGCCCAGCGACUUGCCCACCUAGAACUUGUGUUGCCCUGGGAAGAGCGUACAAAUGUGAAGCUCCUCCAACACCCGGCGACCCAGAAUGUGAGCCCAGUUGCCGAUGUGCUGACGGUUAUUAUAGAAAUGAACAAGGUGCUUGUGUCUCAGAAAGUGAAUGCCUAAAUUGCGGUCAAAAUGAAGUUAUUGGCUGUCAAAGUACGUGUCCUCCUCAAACAUGUGAAAGUAUCGGAAAGAUAUAUCCGUGUCCGCUUCAACCUGCAGUUUGUAGGCCAGAAUGUCGUUGCAAAGAAGAUUUCUUUAGAAACAAAAUUGGCCAAUGCAUAUCGAAAGAAGAUUGUUUGAAAUGCACUGGACCUAAUGAAUAUUUUUCUUGUGGCGGAGCUUGUGACAAUGUGUGUGCUACCUUGGCGACCCAAAGCCAAACUAACUGCUCCAUUGUCAACGUUGUAUGCAAUCCAAUGUGCUACUGUGAACAAGGAUACGCACGUGAUAGUAACAACACUUGCGUACCUAUAUCGGAAUGUCCACAACCGAUUUGUGGAAAGAAUGAAAUCUUCGAUGAAUGUCCGGCGACAUGCCCACCUAGAACUUGUGUUGCCCUGGGAAGAGCGUACAAAUGUGAAGCUCCUCCAAAACCCGGCGAUUCAGAAUGUAAGCCCAGUUGCCGGUGUGCUGACGGUUACUAUAGAAAUAAACAAGGCGUUUGUGUUCCGGAAAAUGAAUGCUUAAAUUGCUUUGGUCAAAAUGAAGUGAUUGGCUGUCAAAAUACUUGUUCUCCUCAAACAUGUGAAAGUAUCGGAAAAAGGUACAACUGUCCACGGCAACCUGCAGUUUGUAAACCAGAAUGUCGUUGUAAAAAUGAUUUCUUCAGAAACAAAAUUGGCCAAUGCAUAUCGAACGAAGAUUGCCUGAAAUGCACUGGACCUAAUGAAUAUUUUUCUUGUGGCGGAGCUUGUGACAAUGUUUGUGCUACCUUGGCGACCCAAAGCCAAACUAACUGCUCCAUUGUCAACGUUGUAUGCAAUCCAAUGUGCUACUGUGAACAAGGAUACGCUCGUGAUAGUAACAACACUUGCGUACCUAUAUCGGAAUGUCCACAACCGAUUUGUGGAAAAAAUGAAGUCUUCGAUGAAUGUCCGGCGACAUGCCCACCUAGAACUUGUGUUGCCUUGGGAAGAGAUUACAAAUGUAAAGCUCCCCCAAAACCCGGCGAUCCAGAAUGUAAACCCAGUUGCCGAUGUGCUGACGGUUACUAUAGAAAUAAACAAGAUAUUUGUGUUCCAAAAAACAAAUGCCCAAAACCUGUUGUUUGCGGAGCUGAUGAAGUAUACAACAGCUGCGUGAACGGUGGUUGUGGCAGAUGGAAUUGCUCUCAGCCGGGAAUAAUUUGUAUAGACUUAAUUAAGGGAGCUUGUAGAGAAGGGUGUCGUUGCAAAGAGGGACUACUUCGAUCGGAUGACGGCACUUGCAUUCCUGCUGAUCAGUGCCCCAUUAAUUGCUUUGGCCAGAAUGAAAUCAGGGGCUGUCGUCUUAAUUGCCCUCCUCAGACAUGUGAGAGUAUCGGUAAAAAGUAUUGUUGUCCUCCACAAACUAAAGAAUGCAGGGAAGAAUGUCGUUGCAAGGAAGGUUUUUUCAGAAACAAAAUUAACGAGUGCAUAUCAAAAGAAGACUGUUUGAAAUGCACUGGCCCCAAUGAAUAUUUUUCUUGUGGCGGAGCUUGUGACAAUGUCUGUGCUACCUUGGCGACCCAAAGCCAAACUAACUGCUCCAUUGUCAACGUUGUAUGCAAUCCAAUGUGCUACUGUGAACAAGGAUACGCUCGUGAUAGUAACAACACUUGUGUACCUAUAUCAAAAUGUCCACAACCUCCAACAUGUGGGAAAAACGAAAUUUAUGACACCUGUCCGCCGAUAUGUCCACCGCAAAGAUGCGAUUUCGAUCCGAGAGUAAGUUUGUGUGCGCCAAAUCCAAAACCAGGCAAUCCACAAUGUAAACCUGGUUGCCGCUGUAUUGAUAACUAUUUAAGAAAUAGCCUUAACGAGUGUAUUCCAAAGGAUCAAUGUGAUAAUAAUAAUACGACUAAUGAAUUGGAGGAAUUUGAACAAGGCAACGUUGUUUUUACUCUAAAGUUUAUGUGUGAAGCUGCAAAUGCUAACCCAGGAACGAGCCUUAUUUUUUCACCAUUUAGCGUUCUAUUUCUCCUAGCACAAUUAGCUUUUUAUGCUACUGGAACUUUAUUAGAACAGCUUUUACGCAUAUUAAAUUUGGACACACAACCCAAGAUACGGAAUGUUAUACCAAACUAUCUAGAUACCCUUGGUUCACAACAAAAUAUCACUUUGGAUCUCGCUGCAAAGACCUACGCGAAUAACAAAUACCCGCUUUCGUCAGGUUUCAAAAGGGAUACAAGAGAGAUAUUUAAAGCCAAAGCUCAAAAUUUAGAUUUCUGUAAACAAAAUGAAGCAGCUGAUAAUAUAAAUGCAUGGGUGGAGCAGCAGACUAAUAACUUAAUCAAAGACCUUGUAGAACCAAGCUCAUUAGGAUGUGACACAGCUAUAGUUCUCGUUAAUGCUAUAUAUUUCAAGGGUGAUUGGAAAAACAAGUUUGAUCCAAAGAAUACACGGAAACAAGACUUUUAUGUUAACAAGGACAAGAAUGUGCAAGUGGAUAUGAUGAGCCGUACUGGAACUUACAAAUACGCUGAAAUAAAUAAUCUAGGAGCUCAGGUUAUUCAGUUACCGUAUGAAAGUGACAAUUUCUCAUUUUUGAUAUAUCUACCAAGGGACAAAGAUGGGAUAAAUGAUUUGAUCGGUAAACUGUGCGAUUCGAAUUUCUCGUUCAGUAACAUUCUUGACAAUUUGUAUCCCAUGAAAACAGAAUUAACUAUGCCGGCUUUUAAUAUAUCUACGACCACGGAUUUAAAAGAAAUUUUAAUAAAGAAUAAUGCAUCAGCACUAUUUGACCCUAACAUGGCUAGCUUUACUGGAAUAUUGGAGAAUCCUCAGCCACUUUAUGUGUCUAGUGCGACACAAAAAGCAACUGUAAUUGUAAAUGAAUCAGGAUCGAUAGCUGCCGCAGCCAAUGCUGUGGUGGUAAGCGUUACAUCAGUUCAACAAAGUAUCACAUUUAUUGCGAAUCAUCCUUUCAUCUACUUUAUUCUAUACAAGAAAACACCUAUCUUCUGUGGAAUGUAUUUUGCAAAUGUGUAACGCCAUAGAAAUAUUAUAAACUAGCCAUCACUAUACGUACAUUAGCAGCUGCUGUACCUGUGGACAACAUCAUAUUCAGAGCAGACCAUCCAUUUAUUUACUUUAUAUUAUACAAAGGAACUCCAAUAUUUUGUGGAUUAUAUGCAGGACCAUAAUCAAGUCGUAGAUAAU